AUGUCAGGCUUGGAUUAUCUGGCCGCCGAGUGCCUGAUGUCCAUCUCCAGCGGGGCCUUGAUCCACCCGGCCUCCAGCCUCAUCAGCGCGAAAGAAGAGCGAGGCGGGCGUCCCCCUUCCCUCCCCGGCGCCCGCCACCCGGGGCGCCCCGACUCUGAGCUCUCGGACUGCAGCGGGAGCUGCUCCUCUUCGCCCGGAGGGGGCGAGCCGCGAAGCGGCGUCCCGGUCCUGCCGCAGGCGGGGGAGCUUCCCCGAAGAGCCGGCGCUGACAGCCCCGCCAGCCUCUCCGCCAUCUCCCCGGCCAAAAGGCACCAGUGCCCUUUCCAAGGCUGCAUUAAGGUCUACGGCAAAUCGUCGCAUCUGAAGGCGCAUCUCAGGACGCACACCGGUGAGCGUCCGUUCCCAUGCAAUUGGGCCGGCUGCCAGAAGAGGUUUGCACGCUCGGAUGAGUUAGCCCGCCACUUCCGCACCCACACCGGCGAGAAGCGGUUUGCCUGCCCACUCUGCGAGAAGCGGUUUAUGCGGAGCGACCACCUGACCAAGCACGCCCGCCGCCACCCAGCUUUCCAGCCUGGCAUGGUCCGACGAUCUGAUUGCUACCGAGCCUCCCCUACUGACUCAGCUGGCAGCAGCUUGGCCGGAAGCCCCGCCCCUGGCAGCCCUGCCUCUGACAGCCCCGCCCCUUAA